GCCAACUGGGAGCACGCUUUUAAGAUUGGCUGCCUAUUCCAUUCUCCUCAUCAUCUUCCCCAUCUUCCCCAACCACAACUCUUCUUCUUCUUCUCCGGUCCACCAACACUUUUCUCUGGAUACUCACACUUUGUGCUUUCGGUCCAUUCCUGACACCGCAACCGCUACACAGAUACCCCCCCUCCCGAAACAUCAAUACACCAAGUACAAUGAAGUUCCUCGAGUACGCUGGAAUAGACGCCAUCAACAGCGCGCUUGUCUUUGAGACACCCGAGUGCAAAGUAUACGGCAGAGUCGAGCCAUACUCCUGCAAAGCAGCAGGGGCAGACAAGAAGCUGUACAAGCAAAUCGAGAUCAAAUACGACCCUUCGAACAGUCCGCCGGACGAGGCCAGUUUCCGGAGCAUCAUUUCACCCUUUGGCCCACUGGACCAACCGGCCUCCAGAAGAACGUUGUUCUACUUGAUCGGCACCCUGAAUGCUUCGUUCCCUGACUAUGACUUUUCAGAUGCCAAACCUGAGCAGUUCCGGAAAGAGCCAUCGGUGUCGAUGGUGGUCAAUUCUGUGAAUGCGACGCUGUUGAACCAUGGGAACGACCGUGCGGUCAAGGAGCUCCGAAUUUGGGACUCGAUCGAUAACCUGAUCGAUUUCGAGGACUCGGAUGUGUACAGCUACAAUCCAGAGAGCGAUUCGGACCCGAACGACGAGGAGGGUGGCGGGACCUUAUGGUCAUUCAACUACUUUUUCUUUAACCGGAAACUCAAGCGCAUUAUUUAUUUCACAAUGAGAGGUGUCAGGUACAGUGCAUGAUUUUCCUUAUGGCAGGGGGAAGACAUAAUUUGCUUGGUCGUUUGAUUGAAAUGAAGAGGGACGAGAUUGUGUGCUCAAUAGCAACUACGUUUUCUUUUUUUCCGAUCCAUAGCUAUGGCGCACCAUCAGAAGAGGGCGAGGACGAUGACUUUUCGGACAUGAGCGAUGAUGACAUGGGAUUCGGAUAUCGCAGGAGAGGGUGCGUUACUUUCUUGCACAGCUGUAUGCUCGAAUGAACGACAACAAAAAGACUCUGUUCCUCUGACCGACUGUUAUUUUCGACUACAACUUCUAGAUUGCGAUAUGAUGACUAUGUC